CUUCUUCCCGGUGCCCGUCAGAUCCGUGCCCCGCAGAGAGGCCCGCGCGGACCCUCCCGCCGAGCCGGCCCCUCCCGGCCCAGGAAUGGUUUCUAACUGGACCAAGAUUCCUCCACCGCUCUUCAAAAAAGUUGUCAUUGUGCUGAUAGAUGCUUUGAGAGAUGACUUUGUGUUUGGAUCCAAAGGUAAACAGUUCAUGCCGUAUACUACUCAAGUUGUUGAAAAAGGGACUUCCUAUAGUUUCAUUGCUGAAGCCAAGCCACCCACUGUGACCAUGCCUCGAAUUAAGGCUUUGAUGACAGGUAGCAUACCUGGUUUCAUCGAUGUUGUUGUGAACCUCAAUUCUCCAGCUCUGUUGGAUGACAAUCUGAUAUGGCAAGCAAAAACAGCUGGGAAAAGAAUAAUAUUUUAUGGUGAUGAUACUUGGGUCAAAUUGUUCCCAAAGCACUUUGUGGAAUAUGAUGGAACAACAUCAUUUUUUGUGUCAGACUUUACAGAGGUUGAUGAUAAUGUUACCAGACAUUUGGAUAGAGUGUUAAAGAGAGAAGACUGGGAUCUGCUAAUACUGCAUUACCUGGGGUUGGACCAUAUUGGUCAUAUGACUGGGCCAAACAGCCCAUUAGUGGGACCAAAACUUCGUGAAAUGGAUAACAUAUUGAAGAAGAUUCAUAUUUCCCUUCUUUCAAAGGAGGAAGCUUCUCUGCCCAAUUUGUUAGUUGUUUGUGGGGAUCAUGGGAUGUCUGAAACAGGCAGUCAUGGUGGUUCUUCAGAAGGAGAAGUGCACACACCGCUGCUGUUUAUCAGCUCUGCUUUUGAGAAGAGAAGUGCUCCUCUAGCCCAACCUGAACAUGUGCAGCAAACAGAUUUAGCUAGCACAUUGGCAAUAGGUCUUGGCCUUCCAAUUUCAAGAAACAGUGUUGGGAACCUUAUAUUGCCAGUUGUUGGAGGCAAGACAAUGAGAGAACAGCUACGUUUCAUGCACUUGAAUGGGUUCCAGCUUAGCAGAUUGCUGCAAGAGAAUACACCUGCAUAUGAAAAAGAUCCUGGAUAUGAAUAUUUUAAGAUAGCAGAAAAAUCCCAUGGUAAUUGGAUCAAACUGUAUUUAGAGGGGAACAAUUCAGAAAUACUCUUAAAUCUUGGCAAGAAGAUCCUGAAGCAAUACCUGGAGGCCCUCAAGACUUUGAGUUCCUCAUUAAGCAAACAAGUGGCACAAUAUGACAUGUAUUCAAUGAUGGUGGGGACUGUGAUCAUUAUGGAGGUUCUGCUACUACUUUUGCUCAGUGUUCCAAAAGCCCUGAGUAAGCGAGCAGAAUUUGAAGUGCCCCUCUCCCCUCCACUGUUCUCUCUGCUGUUUUACUUGAUGUGUCUAAUGCUGUGUGCUGUACAUGUCAUUGUAUGCACAUCGGCAGAAAGUUUGUGCUAUUUCUGCAGUAUGUCCUGGUUAACAGCAGUUGGAGUGAUGAUGCUGAUUUCUGCACUCAUGUGUGGUAUUUUAUCUGCUAUAGCAAAGAUCUUGGAGAAUUCCAGACUUCCAGUGAAGAAUCCUACUGUGUCCAGUUCUAGCUGGUCAGAAGUAGAUGUGCUGAUUCUGGCUGGAACUAUUGGCCAUGUUUUGAGUUUGGGGGCAAGCAGUUUUAUAGAAGAGGAACAUCAGACCUGGUAUUUUCUUAUCAAUACACUUUGUUUGGUGCUGUGUCAGGAACUUUGCAGAAAUAAUUUUCUUUUGAAAGAAUGUGACCCUCAACUUGGCACCAGUGUGAAACAAAAUUUUGAUAGUAUUGGGGAAGUCUCCGAGUGCAAGAAUAUAGACAUUCCAGCAGCAAGUAAUUCAAAACUGGGCAAGGCCACCUCUUCAUCUGAAUUCAUAAAAGGAUCAGAUAAGUGGAUAAGUUUAGCAACUCCAUGGAUCAUCCUUAUUUGCUGUCGGCUGCUUCGAUCCUUGAAUCAGACAGGUGUCCAGUGGGCUCAUCGGCCAGACUUUGGACACUGGUUGACAAGCUCUGAGCAUAAAUCUGAACUCUCCUUCUUGGCUGCAGUCUCCCUUCUUAUGAUCUUCUUUCUGGUUCAAAGAAGAUGCUCCCUGGUUUCAAAAAUUGCUAUGGCACUCGGGCUCCUGGGAGUCUACAGUUACCGGGCAGCUAUUGGAAAUGUCAUAUUUCCAUGGCAACAUGGUGGCAAAGAUAUUUCAAAGGGGAUUACUGAAGCCCGUUUUGUUUAUGUCUUUGUUCUUGGCAUAGUCUUCACUGGCACUAAAGAUUUACUAAAGUCACAGGUUAUUUCUGCAGACUCCACCACGAAGAGCACAGGAUUAUGGGAAGUAUAUAGCGGAUUGGUUCUACUAGCAGCUCUUCUAUUUAGACCUCACAAUUUACCAGUCUUGGUGUUUUGUCUGCUGAUUCAGACAAUGAUGACAAAAUAUAUUUGGAUACCUUUGAAAUUUGAUGCAGCACAGAUUACUAUCAUGCACUACUGGUUUGGUCAAGCUUUCUUCUAUUUUCAGGGGAAUUCAAAUGGCAUUGCUACUGUGGACAUUUCAGCAGGUUUUGUGGGACUAGACAGCUAUGUGGAGAUACCAGCUAUUUUCCUCACAGCAUUUGCAACAUAUGCAGGACCUUUCCUUUGGGCCAUCCAUCUGCUGUGCUACUUGAGUUCUGAAGUUAGCAGGAAUUCUGCAGCAGUGGGUCACGGCUGUUUCUGCUACGCUUUAAUGCGUUCAAUUCCAGUUGCCAUCUACGUUAUUUUGGUAACAGGUCUGCGCUACCACCUGUUCAUAUGGAGUGUCUUCUCGCCAAAGCUACUGUAUGAGGGAGUGCAUGUGUUCAUCACAGCUGCUGUCUGCCUGUUCUUCACAGCAAUGGAUCAGAACCACUCUUACAUAAAAGUGCAAGACUGAAAAUAAGUGUGGUAUGUGACUCUGCGUUACGAUGUCCAGUGUGCCACUGGAAUGGAAGAAGGAAAAUACUGGCUUUAAAUUGUUGUGCAGAUUUUGAAGAGUAAAUUGUUAAAAGAGUUGUUUCUUUUAGUUAAGAUUAGUUUUGUGUUAAAACUGAGUUUUCUUUAAAAAUGUUGAAUUGAAAUACACUGUUUUUUCAUGGAUACCUUUUGCUCUGUAGCUGUCAUUAUAGCACUUUCCAAAUAACAGAAUGGUGAUAUUACAUGUUUUGAAUUAAAAAAUAUACAUCUUAAUAUAAAUACAGACCAGUGCCUUGUGGGCACUGAAAAAAUCUUGUGUGCAUACAAUUUUUUUACCUUCUUAGACUAUAGAAUCCUAAAAAAUGUGCAGGUACUGUUCAAAAGAUCCUGAAUCCAUUAGCCUCAGGGUGUUUUUAUGUUUGUUUUCUUUCUAGUGGAUGCAUUGAAAUUAUUAUUAAAUUUUUAUUGUACAAGCAUUCCAGGUAAGAGAUUUUGUUUGUUUUGCAUAGGCAGAAAGCAUUUCUGCUUAAAAGCAGUAUUUUUCUUUGUAAGAUGAGUGCAAUCAUUAUUUGUAAUGGAUUUUGAUCUGCACUUCAGACAAUGAAUAUGAAAUACUUAUUGUCUAACAAAGUAAUGAAUCUUCUGACGAGUCCAUUCGCUGCUCAAAUGUUGUUUUUCCUUAUCAAUGUAUAAAUUAUAAAUCAGGUUGGUGCAGCCAUACUGAACAUUUGAUCACGUUUUCCACACAUGGGUGUGAAGCUGUGAGCAGCGAACAGGAAAACAGUUUAAUGGAUUAAGUUACCAGCAGAAUAAAAGGCGUAAAAGGUG